AUGGUCAGAAAAAAGUGUGGGGGGUCUAAACCGAACAAUUACCUUAAUUUAUUUUUAGCAAUUAUUCACACUGUUGGUCCAAUUAUUAAUUUGGGGGUUAGUGAUUCGGAUAAGCAACUUCUUAGUAAUUGCUAUAAGAAUUCGAUGGAUCUGACACAUCAAAAUAAACUAAAGAGCAUUGCAUUCCCUUGCAUUUCCACAGGUAUUUAUCACUUUCCGAAAGAUGAAGCUUGUCAAAUUGCGUUGACAACUAUUAAGAAUUGGUUCAAAGAAAAUGAAGAUUCUUCAAUUGACAAAAUUAUCUUUUGCGUGUUCAACGAGCAAGACGAGGAAAUUUAUAAGGAAAAUAUUCCCAAUAUUAUUGGAGAAUAA